AUGCGGCUCAAAUCGAGCCGCUUUCUCUUUUCUCAGCUCUUCCACUUGGAACGAGAUCAAGUGACCUGUGGCCCGAAAGAGUUUAUUUAUUAUCACUUCGGAAAGACGAAAAUCUGCGGCCAGCCGAAGUUGUCGGCUAACACGGGUCUGAUGAAACCGACAGACUCUCAGAUCCCCACAUUACCGACCCAGACACAGACAGCAAUUGAGGGACAAGAGAGAGAAAAAAGCGAGAGAGCCUUGCAAACCUCUGCUACGCGAGAGUGCGGAGAAGUCAGAAAGCAGAAGCACCAGAUCCACUUUCUGAUUGGUCGACAGGCCGACGCGAUUCUGAUGCCUGCAGAGAUGGUAGCCAGCCAAUCAGAUUACACCCAAUUUCCACUAGCGCCAUUGCCCCGCUCUUGCUGCACACUUCACAUUCACUCUCUCUCUCUCUUUCUCUCUCUCUUUAUCCUCUUGGAUACACCCUUUCUACAUUCUCGUUCUCUCUCGCAUACUCCCUUGCACGACGUUCUUGUUUUGCAUCUUUUUGCUGACCGACUGGACGAUGCUGUAGCCUCGACGACACCAACUUGUUGGUUGUUGCCGUCGUCGAGCCGGGCAAUCUUCCGCUUGUCAUGCUCUCGGAUUGAUUGCCACAUUCACCAUUUGUCUGGCUGUUGUGGGAAGUCUGGGACCGGUGAGACAAUUGUCGUGGCAUGUCUGUAUCAAGUGUAUCCGUUCGACGGCGUCAACAGGCAUUUGCCCGAGUGA